ACGAAAUCUUCGUUUUAUAAUGGAUGAUUAAGCUCUUGCUACUUGCACUUGCGGUCCUUGUAGCCGCAUCGGCCUGCGAAUUUGAGUAUGAGGACUUCAUCCUCGGUGAGCCUGUUGAAUAUGUCAAGAGUGAUGCUGGAGAGAUCCGAGCUUUGAUGGGCUCUCACGAGGACCUGUCACUCAAGGAGCGUGAUGUAGCUCUCGGCUUCAUCACCAUGGAACCUCGGGCGUUGCUGCUACCACAUUACAUGGACGCAAGCCUUGUUUUCUAUGUCCAGAAAGGCGAUGCUAUGAUUGGAUCGAUUCGUGGGGAGUCGACUGUCAAGAAGGAUUUGAAACGAGGGGACGUUUAUACUGUUCCUGCUGGAGCUGUUUUUUACGUGCUCAAUGCGAACGAAGAUGAGAAGCUCGAGCUGAUCGGUAUCUUCGACACCUCCAGGGGGUCACGCAGUGGUAAACUUCAGUCGUUCUUCGUCGGCGGUGGACUCCAUCCUAAACUUGCAUUGGCUGGUUUCCGUUCGGGCCUUCUAGCAGCAGCUUUCAAGGUAUCGGAGGAGGAGAUCAAGAACGUGUUUGGCUCCCAGGAUGGAGGACCAAUCAUCCCCACGAGCGUUGGGAUGUUUGCACGAUUAAAAGGCCAAGAGAACUAUCUGGAAAGCGUGGUUUCCAACAAGAAGCACAAGAAGGACGAGGACAAGAAACACAAGGACGACAAGAAGCACAAGAAGGAUGAGGACGACAAGAAACACAAGGACGAUGACAAGAAGCACAAGGAGGACGAGGACAAGGAGAAGCGCAAAGACAAGAUCUUCAACCUCUUUGAGAAGCGAGCAUUCGAGAACCAACACGGCUGGAUUGCCUCCACUCUCGGCGAAGACGUGCAAGCACUGGCAUCAGGCCGGAUUGGAGUUUCCAUCGUCAAGUUGCAAGCGGGUAGCUUUUUGGCUCCGCACUGGAAUAAGCAAGGAGCUGAGUUUGGAGUGGUGACAAAUGGCACUGGAAGCCUCCAAGUCGCUCUUCCCAACGGCACGAAUGGCGUCGAUGCCAAGCUCAAUGUAGGCACCAUCUUCCACGUACCGCAGUUUUUCCCGGCUUCCCAGAUCGCUGCCACUCACGAGUGCUUGGAGUUCGUCAGCUUCACUGUCGCGGCGGAUUCUCGCUCGGAGCUCACCGAGGGGAUACAGUUUCUCGCAGGGAGAGGCUCCGUGCUCGAGAAGUUGGAGCUCGGCAUUCUCGCGUUGUCGUUCAAUCUGCCUGAUCAUCUGGUUUCAAGCUUCUUGGCUUCUCAGGACGAUGCAGCAAUCCUUGCCAACGACGUCCAGUAAUCUCGGGGUGGACAUGGUGUUCCGCUAGAUAGAAUAAAGAAAGAUGGGACACAAGAUAUUCGGGCCAAAACUAUGAGAGCUUUCUCGAAUUUCAGCGAAAAUUAUCGUGUUGAAUCCUCUA